AGUAGGGAUAUAGAGAGCAAUAAUGUCUACAGAGGGGAAGAAAAAGUUGCAGAAAAGCUACUUUGAUGUGUUGGGUUUGUGCUGCUCAUCAGAGGUUCCUCUAGUUGAGAACAUCCUCAAAUCCAUUGAUGGAAUCAAAGAUUUCUCUGUCAUUGUGCCAACAAGAACUCUCAUUGUUCUCCAUGACAAUCUUGUCAUUUCUCAGCUUCAAAUUGUGGAAGCACUUAACAAAUACAGACUUGAAGCCAAUGCAAGAGCAUCAGCAGGAGAUGUGGGAGGCUUCAAGAAAAAGUGGCCAAACGCGUACACAAAUGUCUGUGGUUUCUUACUUGCAAUCUCAAUCUUCAAAUACUUGUACCAUCCUUUACAUUGGGUGGCUCUUGCUGCGGUGGCCGCCGGAAUUCUUCCAAUUUUCCUUAGAGCCUUUGCCUCCAUUGCAAACUUUAGGUUUGCAGACAUCACCAUUCUCAUUCUUAUUUCAGUGAUAGCAACAACUGUUAUGCAUGACUUUUUAGAGGCUGCAACUAUUGUCUUCUUCUUCAACAUCGGAGAAUGGCUCGAGUCAAUGGCAAGCCAUAAGACGAAGGCAGUGAUGCAAGCGUGGAUGAGCAUAACCCCUCAAAAAGCAGUCAUAGCCGAGACUGGAGAAGAGGUUAACGUCGAUGAAAUAAAGGUGAAUACAAUCCUUGCUGUUAAGGCUGGUGCAGCUGUACCUAUUGAUGGAGUUGUUGUAGAAGGCGAAGCUGAAAUGGACGAGAGAACUUUAACCGGGGAGUCGUUUCCAGUGUCAAAGCGAAGGGACUCCAUUGUCUGGGCCGGAACGAUGAACCUGAAUGGUUAUAUUAGUGUCAAAACAACUGCUCUAGCUGAAGACUGUUUGGUGUCUAAGAUGACAAAGUUAGUAGAAGAAGCUCAGACUAACAAAUCAAAAACUGAGAGAUUGAUUAACAAAUGUGUCAAGUAUUACACCCCUGCGGUGAUAGUUAUAUCGAUAUGCUUGGCUGUGAUUCCAGCUGCGUUAAGAGUUCACAACCUGAAACACUGGCUUUACUUGGCUUUAGUUGUUUUAGUAAGUGCAUGUCCAUGUGCUCUCGUCCUCUCAACCCCUGUUGCAACAUUCUGUGCAAUUACAAAGGCUGCACAUUACGGCCUUCUAAUCAAAGGCGGCGAAUAUCUUGAAACCCUUUCGAAAAUUAAGGUCAUGGCUUUUGAUAAAACUGGCACAAUUACAAGAGGUGAAUUUGUAGUGACGGAUUUCCAAUCCCUCUGUGAUGACAUUAGUAUUGACAAAUUGCUUUACUGGGUUUCAAGCAUUGAAAGUAAGUCAAGUCAUCCAAUGGCAGCUGCACUUGUGGACUAUGGGAGGUCGCUUUCCGCUGAGCCUAAGCCCGAAGCUGUGGAGGAAUUUCAGAAUUUUCCCGGCGAGGGAAUUUAUGGAAAAAUUGAAGGCAACGGCGUCUAUAUUGGAAACAGAAAAAUCGCUCUUCGAGCUGGUUGUGACACAGUUCCAGCUACUGAAGGUGAUUCUGAUGGAGGAAAGGGUGUAAGAUACAUAUUUUCUGGGACAACCCCAGUAGGAAUUUUUAGCCUUUCUGAUGAUUGUCGAACAGGAGUUCAUGAGGCAAUCAAAAAGCUUAAGUUACUGGGAAUUAAGACUGCUAUGCUAACCGGGGAUAGUCAUGCAGCAGCGACACAUGUACAAAAGCAGCUAGACAAUGCCCUAGAUUUGGUUCAUUCCGAAUUACUUCCUGAAGACAAGGCAAAGAUUAUUGAAGCGUUUAAGGAGGAAGGGCAAACUGCCAUGAUCGGAGAUGGUGUUAAUGAUGCUCCGGCCUUGGCUAUUGCAGACAUUGGCAUCUCAAUGGGCGUUUCAGGCUCGGCUCUGGCAACUGAGGCAGGGCAUGUGAUUCUUAUGUCAAAUGAUCUAAGAAAAAUAGCGAGAGCCAUCAAACUCGCAAGGAAAGCACAUCGGAAAGUUAUUCAAAAUGUUGUGCUGUCAUUUUCUACCAAGGCUAUUAUCCUUGUCUUGGCCAUUGUAGUUCAUCCACUUGUUUGGGCUGCUGUUCUUGCUGACGCCGGGACGUGUCUGCUAGUAACCCUUAACAGCAUGAUGCUUUCAAGGGGAACCCACAAACACGGAACAAAAUGUGGCACAUCUCGUACUAAACUCGAACAUAAUACUUCUGGUGGUAGCCACAAACAUCAGCAUUGUUGCUCCGACAAAAAGAACCAAGAAGUAUGCGAACCUGAAACAUUUUCUGCCCAAAAAUGUGCCUCAAAAUGUCAGCCAAAGCCUUUCGGUUCCGACUCAUGUGGGACUAAUAAGUGUAGUGACACACAUCAGUCUCACAGGACCAGCUGGUACGACCAUAAUUGCAAUACGGUCCAUAAUACUGCAGGGGCAGACCAUAGACACAACCAUGGUUGUUCUGGUCCUAAAUAUAUGAACUUGCAUCCAGAACAUGAGGGCGAAAAUGGGCCCCAUGUUGCUAAACAUUUGAAGGAUACCAUUGAACUAGAAGAAGGCAACAAAAUCGCUGAGACCGGUGGUUGCCAUUCAAUUCAUUCUUCUGACUCAAGUAAGUCAGUUUCCUGCUGCAAUCAUCAGCUUCAAACAAACAUGGAUGUUCCACCAAAUCAUUUGCAAUCAGUGGCCCUACAUGUCUGUAUGAGUUUGGAGAAGAGGGAGAUGGGGACUUGUUGCAAGAGCCACAUGAAGCAAUGUUGUAACAAAGGAGGACAUUUUGGUUUUGCAUCUGGCUUUGGUGGUGGCUUAUCUGAAGUAGUAAUAGAGUGAAUUUUUGUAAUUGGAUAGGAACCUAAAACUUUUUAUGUGCCGACCUUUUGCAACUAUAGAGUGAUGGGGAAAUUUGGGGUUAUGGAAAUGGUACUUAAUGAAUGAA